CUCAUCAGCUCUGUGGUUUCCUAGAUUGCUGCGUGGACUCUUCUCUGUAGGAGUCAAAAACUUUCUAAAUCGAGAAAGAAGAAAAGAGAGAAACAGAACGAAUAGAUGACCAAAAACACCACCAUUUUUGUCUGUAGUUCAGUAGUUUGUUUUUGGAUGUCUGCAGCAGAGGAUGUUUGUGAUGUGGCGUUCAGCUUUGCAGAGGAGCGGGACUUCCAGCAGGUCUCUAAUGUUUACGUUCCCAGUCGAGUUCAAAUCCAGAUUUUUUCCAGCAACAAUCAGAGUUUGUGUUCUUGUUUUUAAUCAACUUUACAGCCUCUUGAUUGUGUUUAUGAUGCAGGUCUUGAACAUCUGCAGUGACGCCUUCGAUGGACUCGACUACAUGCCUGUUACCUUCCACCGCUGGCUGCACGAGCCCGGACGACUCAUCUUCAUCGGGAGGAUGAAGGACAGAGUGGUAAGGACUGACGGCACGAGGGUCAUCGUAGCUUCCUGAGAUGUUUUCUUCCCAGGAAGUUUUUUUUAAUGUUUUGGUGUUUUAUUUUUCAAGACGUUCUUAGAAGAAGAAACUAAACAGGUCCAAAGUUCUGAUAGAGGAACAACCGAACAGGUCCGAAGUCCAAACAGCAGAAGUUCAAUCUCUAACCAAUAAGGUGAAUUUUCUGCAGGUUAGUCACAUAAUAACUUAGAAUAAUAACUUGGUUGUAAAGUACGCUGAUGACACUACUGUCAUUGGGGAAAUAAAGUGUAAUUAUGAGUUGUUUUAUAGAGCUGAGGUACAGAGCCUAGUUAAGUGGAGCGAGAUGAACAAUCUUUAUUUUAAAUGCCUCUAAAAUGAAGGAGAUUAUAGUCGACUUUUGUAGGAAAAAAACAACCCCAUCUUCCUCAUCAGAGGUUGAGAUGGUGAGUAGCCUCAAAUUUCUUGGUGUCACUAUUACAAACAAUCUGAGCUGGCACUUUAACACCAGUAUCAUUGUCAAGAAAUCUAUGCAACGACUUUUCUUCCUUCAUAAAAUGAAAGAUUUCUCCUCUAAUUGUCAGAUUUUAAUGAACUUUUAUAGGUGUCUCAUAGAAAGUAUUCUUACCUCUUCGUCCACAGUUUGGUUUAGUAACCUCACUGUACAGGACUGAAAAUCUCAGACCAGAGUAGUCAAUCUGACUCAGAAAAUUAUUGGCACUGACCUGCCUAAACUAGAUGCACUUUAUAACUCAAGGCUCCUGGGCUUCAAAAAUAGUGAGGGAAAUCAGUCAACCCGCCUCCAGCCUUUUUGUUCUUCACCCCUUCGGUAGACGGUACCACUCAAUUAAAUGUUCUACCUCGUGGUUUUCAGAUCGUUUCUUCUCCUGUGCUGUGUGCAGCCUAAAUAACCUCUAGCCUCAGGGGUGUACUUCAUUUUAUGUGUGUCUGAGCAUCAAAUAGAAGUUUUAAAUACUAUUACUAUCUUCAUCAUUCUUAUUAAUUAUUGUAAUUAAUACUUGCAAUGUCCUUCUAUACUUAACUUUAACUGUGAUUUUAACUCACCUUAUUCUAUAUUUCUAUGUAACUUACUUUGUCUUUAUUGUCCUCUCACAAAUGCUUUCCAGUGUGUUUUUUUUUUCUGCAAAUGGAAAAUAAAAUGACUCUGACUCUGACAUGACUGGUCCUGGACUUCAGGCCCUCAGGCAUUAAAAACAAACAGGACUCUGGAGUGGGAAUCCCUAUAUCAACAUUUUACAUUUUUCUGAACUUUUUCAGACACUGGGCCUGUAAAAACUCACAACAAAACACUUCUCACGUACAAUUUUGUCUAAACUGUGAGUUUGAACUGUCAAGUGUCUUCACUACAACACGGCUUCCCACACUUGAUAAAGGAAGGACUCAACCAGAAUUCAGGAUUUCACUCUUUUCCUGAUCAAACAAGGCAAAAGUACAUACAAGUUUGCUCAAUGAAGGCAUACAUUUCCAAAUUAGGACCAUUUACUUUGAAAUAAACUUUUUUCUUUGAGUUGUACACUGUUUCAGACUUAAAAUAUUUAUACUUAACACUUUUAUACUUUUCAACUACACUAAUAUUUUUAACAAACAUGAAAUAGUUUUUUUACAAAUAAAUAUUUUUCUAUCUUUGAGGAAGUGCCAGUUUUGGGGAGAUUCUUGAAUGUAAACUCUACCCCUCUCAACCAGUUCUCCCCUCAGCUCCUCCUCUCCCCUCCCUCUCUGCUCCAACAAGCUCCGCCCACAAACAGACGCUCCUGCUCGCUCGUAUCGUUCCAAUUAAAAUCAGAUAUAAUGCAGAUAAAUACGUCAGGUCAGAUAAUUACAAAUGGGGCCCAGUCAACGUGAAAGUCAAAAGCAUUGGUGCUACUGUUGAUGCCAACAGACUACCAGUAAACACAAUGUUUGCAGGACUUCUACAACUAGGAUAAAGUGACAGUCCAGGACCUGAGGUCAACAGUUUAGCGGUGCUACAACACGCUACAGCAGGUGCCGUUUGACAAGAAACACUUCUGUUACAGACUCUUGGCUUACUUUGUUAAAGUGGUUUACCUGUCCAGCUGAAAGGUUACAGGGUCACCAAGAUCCUGAAGCGUCCCCCAUUGUUUAUGUUGACCCGGCUUCUUAGCUCUUGUCCGGUCUACCUCCUUUUUAAGCGCCCGUUAUUCCACCAGUCUCCAGUAUUUAAUUUGUUUUCUUGCUUGUGUUGGCAGUCAUGGCCAAAGGAGGAUUCAGACAAUUUUCCGAACUUUCUGGUUGGUUUCUACUGUCCGAUAUUGUAGCACGCUAACUUUGUUUGGGCUCGUGAACAACACGGGGGAGCAGCGUCUGCCUCACAAACAAUCAGGUCGGGGAGGUGGAGAAUGGCUUUGUUUACAGUCAGAAAGAAUGGACCGCUAAAAAAUGUUUAAAGGUUGACUACACAGACAUAAGAGAACACAGAGAUAUCGUGAUAUUCCCAAAUGUCAUCAAUAACUAACAACUAUUGACUGAUUUUAAAGAUUUUUUGUAUAUACACCACAAAAAAAGAUGUUCCUCUAACGGAUUCCUGCCUACCCCACCUUUAAGCCAGACAAAACAGUCAGAUAAGUCAAACUUUCUUUAACUAAUUCAAUAACUCUGCGAGGCUAUGGUAGCUGCAGUGCUCCUUUAAGGCAAAAGAAUUUUAAGUGCACCUUAUAGUGCGAAAAAUACGAUAAACAUUUUUGAUUAGCAUUUUAAAUAAAGCAAAGCAUUUUAACCAUUAUUUAUCUUUUUAAUCAACUUUACUUCUAUAGAGAGUCUAAGCCAUUGUUAUCAGAUCCAUGACAGUCCUAAACAAAAGAUUUUUCAUCGUAAGAAAAUCCUUUAAUGAGGCGUCUUAUUGGUCGCCCUUUUUCAUUUUAAAGUCCUUUUUCCAUGCGUGAUUUUGUGUUCAGUGUUCGGUUUUGACAACCUCCUCUCACUGUUUCCUCAGCCGAAUGAUUUGUGUUCUGCUUUGUUGUCCAAACCCCACGGUGCACAGCUGAUUACUUCAGAUUUCCUUCACCUGUGUUGCAAAUGAGCGCGCAGCCGAGCAGCGUGCUCCGCGCCUCGAGCAGAGAAGCGCACUGACUGUCAUGUUUCUGCCGCACGGCCACUGUUUGUCGCGGGCAUCACAACACAAACUGUGUUUUUUCUCUUGACUGCUUUAUGUUUGUUCUAUUUUUAUUCGAUGACAAAUAAAGUGACUCACCUGCUUCCCCUACAGGUGGCCAUGGAGUCUGCUCUGCUGGUGGAUGGUGGUCAGACAGUUGUCCUUCAGGGUCUCAGGGUGGCCUCUGAUUUGAGGGGUCGAGGAAUUGCUGGUGUCCUCCAGAGGCACAUUACUGACUAUAUCCGCCAUCAUCACCCAGAAGUCUCUGCUAUCAGGCUAGGCCGUGGAGACCGGCCUUCUCCACAAACGUUCGUCAAGUAUCGACUUGUGGCGAAGGAGGUGGGUCACGGUGGAGGGACAUAAAAACAUGAGGCCAAGUUCAUAAACACAAAUGAGUUCUUUCUGGAGAAAAGACAGUCUGAGAAAGACUUGAUUAAAAACACGUGGACUUCAAAUCCUGGUCCAGGCCUUACAGUCUGAUUGGGAUCUACAGCUACCAGGUCAAACUGAGUGAAUGAAUCCAACCCCCAGUUUUCACCGCAUCCAGAAUGGCAGCGAUUUUCGGCGUCUGCCAAUUCCUACUAGAUCCAUUUGUGAGGCGAAUUUCUUGGCGGAUUACGGACAGCAGGAAUCAUGAGAACUCACAAGAACCCACAGAUUCACGUUCAAGUGAUAUUCACGUGAUAACGAGUUGUCUCUCUAAAGACAGACACAUAGACAUAUAAGCAGUAGAUUGUGUCCUUCCAGAGGAGGAAAUCUACUUCUAGACUUCUAGAAUCAGCAUCUCCUCAACCAUGGUGUCAUCAGGGUGAAAUGACGUCUAAAAACCUUUCACUUGUUUGUCUCCACCCGUUUGCAUGAUGUGAAAUACGAUCCUCCUGAAACACGGAGUGUUUUAUUUUGAAAAGAAGCUGGAUGUUUUGUUUUGUGUCUGUGCCCGACUUCCUUUCCAGCACGGGUCAAUCUGUGCUGAGUUUAUCUGGCAUGCUCCGGCAUCCAGAAAAAAUAGAACUCUUGCGAUCAGCUGUGGAGUCCGGCGAUCCGCAGCAGAAUGGAAAGAAGCCGGUAGAAAUUGACACGUUAACUUGAAGGGUUACGAUCAGCUACGAUUGGCAGAUACGGCCUUUAAGGCUUUGUUCCCACUGCAGGUCAAUUUCGAUUUUUUAACCAUAUGUGACACAUAUCUGAUUUUUUCAUGUAAGUGUGAACAGUGCAAUUCUGAUUUUUUCAGACCUGACCCAGGCCUCUUUUGUGCGUGGAUAUAAAUCGGAUAUGUAUCCGAUGUGACUGCAGUGUGGACACUCAGGUCGCGUUCAUCUGACCUAUACGUCAUUAAUAUACGACAAACGUCACCAUUGUUCGACAACACAAACGAAAGCAUGCGGGUCACUUCACGGACGCAUUGCAUUCACAUUAGAUGCCGCAUUCAUUGUUGUAAUGUGAACGACCGCACAAAAAGAUUGGAUUUAACAAAAAAUCUGAAUCGUGCAUCAUAACCUGCAGUGUGAACGUAGCCUUAGUCGCUGUUCAGGAUACGGUGGAAAUUGGGGGUAACCUCCUCAUGCUGACUGACUGUCACCCUCUGCAGGUCAUCCUGUCUCUGUGCUGUGAGGCCACAGACCUCUGCCUCUUUGUUGCCGAGCUUCGGUCCAGACUCUCCUCUCAGUCAGACUCCACCCCAAACAGCCCGGUGAUCCUGAACCAGCAGCAGGCAGAGACCUUGAUCCUGUCUGACCAUGUGGUGUCGAACCUGCUGCCCAGUAAAACCAUCAUCAAUGACUGGGAGCCUCUGAAGCCCGUGGAGGCAAACCUGGAGGUUCUGCGACGGCGGGGGCUCACGUGGAUCGUGGACUGUGAGUUUGAGCCCUCGGCCAUCAGCCUGUGCACCACGCCGUACGCCGUUGCCCACCGCCACGACGCCCUGCACUUCAACAUCAACAUCUUCGGCCACAGUUUGGCCUCUGUUUGUGCCGUGUUUCUGGCUCAGCUGGAAACUUUACUGCCAAGUCUCCGUGGUUACCUGAUCUUCUACACGUACGUGAACCCUGAAGUUUGGCCGGGGCUGCGUGAGACCUGCAAGAACAACAGCAACGUGUCGUUCUUCAAAGACUACUGUGAGGAGCUCAUACUGGAGAGAGACCUCUGACCCAUCUCAUCUGGAGAGCUUCUGGUACCAGCAGAUUGAACUUUGAUUGUUGAAAGUCAAACUAUAUCGGCAUGUGCUGCAAAACUAUAGUGACGAAAAUGGACUCUUGAAACAGGUAAAGCAGGGAUGGUGUCACAAAUGCUAAAAUUAAAUAUCCAUGAAAACAUUAUAAAAGCAGAAGACUCAGGUGGUACCUGAUUUCUGUCAGAUUUAGUUGGUGCUGGUUCUCCUUGGUUCACACUGGGUAAACUGGGAAAAUCAAGUCCCUUGGCACUUUGAAGAUUGACUGGUCAUGAAGCAAGACAUGUUGGUGGAUCUUGGAAGUCUUGCAGUAGAUCCAACGAUACUCUCUUUGGGAUCUCUACCUGGUUGGAUAACUUCUGGGAUCACUAGGUUCUACGGAAACCUUUCUGGGCCAAGAAUGACAACAGCAAGGCGCUUCAACGGUUCGAAAGUUACCAUCGAUAAACCGUUUAAACCAGAAACUCACAGAUAAUACUGGCAGCCCUGUUAGAUUUCAGCAAACAGGUCACUGCAGUUAAAUCAUUUUCUAUUCAUGGAGAGCUGUUAUUGUAGGACAAAACUUGAGGAUAUUUCAGAGGAAAGCCUUUCAAUUGUCAUAUCUGACGGCAAGUAAUGCUUUCAACACAGAAUUUAUUUGAGUUGCACCUCUUUCCACUGUGUUUGCACUGUAAGAUAAAUGGCAAUGUAUUUCAAUCUUAACCUUAGAUUUCAAGUAAAGAGUUCUGUGACACAUCCGGAUCGGUAGCACUAUUUGUUACAACACCGGCCGCUCUGUUGUCCGUCAGAAAUCUACAGAGACAUGUCGGUCUGUUAAAUAUAAAUGAAGCAUCAAAAACUAAAUGAGAAUAAUUUAAUAAAGUGGGUGAAAGCCUCAGAAAACAGCCUGAGUCAGCACUGUGAGCUAGCCUGGAGAGUUAGCUACACUGAAUUACAACGACAAUAUUGUGCUAAAUACUUGCUGAAGGCUGUGUUUGUACAGACCGAUCUUCAAUUACACCAUGCAGCCCAUACAGCCAAAGCAAUAGUUGAAUUUAAGGACUUAACUUGUUGAUUAGAUCUCCCGUCAGGUGUGUGUUUUAACGCUCCUCUUUCACACUGAGACCCUUUAAACUGUAUGACUGUUAGUAAGAAGCGCCCCAUCAUCAGCACGUGACCUUUCUCUGGCUUUGGCGCCGCUGGUAACAAACCUUAUACUACCUUUCAAAAAAACACAUUGUUCAAUUUAAGAGGCAAAAUUUGUAUUAAGAGAAUAGACAAAAAAAAAUGCACAGAAGCCAAGUCAAAUAUUCAGACUGUUUCAGGCCUCCUUGGCAGGGUUGGACCUACAGUAGACCUUUGAUUGGGGUGGUCCAAACUGGGGCGGGAACUCAUGCAGGAGUGGCACAUCCUGUUGAUAACCCCAUCUUAUAGUCAGAGCUGGUCACAUGUGCUUCUGGUAAUGUACAAACCAUAUUCCCAUUCAUGGUCUUAUGAAGCUUGGGUGAGGAAUUUUUGUAUUGCUGUUAGGUUUCAAAUACAGUGGACUGGAAAAAACUGUUUUUCAAUGAUGGUGUCUAUUUUUACAUCACAUUAGCUAGCCAACAAUAUGGUAGCUAUAUAAGUGUGCAGGCAACAACUACAUUAGCUGCCAGUUAUCAGGGUCACUCCUUAAACUGUAACACUGAUGAUCUCCCCCUCAUCAUUAUAAAUCUCAGUUUUAAAAUCCUAUUCUUGAAACUAUUGUACUUUAAUCUGAAGAGCAGCACAGAGGUACAGUUCAGACAAACUCACCUGUUUACAGCGAUAACACACUCACCUGUCUGUCCACGUCUUAUUAAAUCCAUGUUUUCUGUUAUAUCCUCUCCAUGCAGGUGAUAUGACAUAACGGAGAGUAAUAUGUCGACUUUUAGUGGUGUUUUUAUGUCGUCUGGGAGAUAAGGUUUAUGAUCUUAUGAUUUUAAUGGUAGUUCAAAGUUCCCGUUGAGUUAUUCUAGUUUACCACCAAAUACCAGUUUUUACAGUGGAGUUUUAAACCCAAACUUUAGACUGUCCACUUGGCUGCUCUCAGAAUAUAUCACUCUGGAUAUGUUCGCUUUUUUUUGUGUCCUUUGAGUUUGUUUCAAAAUACUGUUCAUUUUCUGCAUGAAUAAACCUUCAGGGGUCUGGACUGUAAUCAGG